AUGGAUAGAGAAAUGACGGUGGUGGGUUCUAUCGUGCGCGCGGGGAUCCUUUUAACAUUGGUGUGCGUUUUACAACAAGGCGAAGCCAUAUGGUUGACUAUGCCGGCGAGUGGGAACAAGUGCGUCUCGGAGGAAAUCCAGAACAACGUUGUCGUUUUGGCUCAUUACAUCGUCAUUUCCGACGAUCUUGCCCCCCCUAAUCCCACCAUUGCUGUUAAGGUUCAAUCACCAUAUGGGAAGACCCUUCAUCACAAUGAAAAUGUGACACACGGUGAAUUUGCUUUUACAACUACAGAGGCUGGGAACUAUGUGGCAUGCUUCUGGAUUGAUAGCCAUAAUCAAGGAGGUGGUGAAAUAAGUGUUAACAUCGACUGGAAGACAGGUAUUGCAGCAAAAGAUUGGGAGUCAGUUGCAAGAAAAGAGAAAAUUGAGGGUGUUGAGCUUGAGUUGAGAAAGCUGGAAGGAGCAGUGGAAGCCAUCCAUGAAAAUCUUUUGUAUCUUAAGGGCAGAGAGGCUGAUAUGUGGAUUAUGAGUGAAGCGGCAAAUGCUCGGGUGGCAUGUUUCAGUAUCAUUUCAUUGGGAGUUUGCAUUCUGUAUGUGCUAUUCUACGGUAUUUCUGAACAAGUUUCUAGUAACAAGCUUAAAGGUUUUCUUGUUGAUGAUAUCAAUAAUGAUGGUGACGAUGUUGAUUCUAGUGACAAUAUGGAUUGUGAUUGA